CUUUGCUGGGGCACCCCCUCCUUCCCCUACCGCAGGGACUGCGCCUGCGCCGAGCGUUGGCGCGCCGGGUGACAGGCGCGUUUGGGUGUGGGAGGGCCCGGCGGACUCUGAGCGAGCGGGCGAGCAGCACCGGCAGGCGGCCGAGGAGGCGGCGGCGGCGAGGGAGUCCCGGCCCGGGCGGCGAUGCUAGGCGGCGACGGCGGGGGUCGUGAGGGGCCGGUGGGCGCCGUCAUGAGGCCGGGCGGCGGGGGCGGGGGAGUCGCGCGUUGAGCGGAGGAGGGAGCGCCGGGCGGUGCGGGGGGAGGGGCGCCAUGGCCUCGUCCUCGCUGGUGUCGCGGCGGCCGCUGGGCACCGAGGUGAGCUGCGACUCGAGCGGCGACGGCAGCAGCGUGACGGUGCGCCUACAGCCGCGCAGCGCCCCUCCGCCUCCGCCGCCGCCUCCUCCUCCGCCGGGCAAGGCCAGCAUCUCGUCGGGCUGCAGCAGCUCGGGGGACUCGUCGGGGGCGGCGGCGCGGCGGCGGCGGCGGGGGGACUCGGGGGCGGGAGGAGCCGCCGGGGGGGCCCGGCGAGGGGGGCGCCGUGGCCGGCGGUUGCCGCAGCUGUUCGAGCGGUCGUCGGGACGGUGGUGGAGCCCGCGGUUCGACUCGGGCAACCUGGAGGAGGCCUGCCUGGAGCGCUGCUUCCCGCAGACGCGCCGCCGCUUCCGCUUCGCGCUGUGUUACGUCGGGGCGGCGGCGCUGGUGUGGGCUGCCUACCUGGGCGCGCGGCUGGGAGCCCCCAACGGAGGGCGGCAGGGGGUGGCGGCGGCGCUGGGAGGGGUGGCGGCGGGGGCGGGGGCCGCGUGCCUGGCCUUGCUGGCCUUCACCUUCACGCGGGCCUACGCGCGCCACUGUGGCGGCGCCUCGCUGGCCCUGGUGCUGCUGCUCUUCGCCCUCACGCUCGCCCCUGCCGCCCUGCCUGCCGCCACCGCCACCGCCUGCCUCUCGCCCGUGGGCCGCUUCUCCAUGGGCACGGCCGCGCUGCUGCUGCUCUACGCUGUCAUGCACCUGCCCCUCUACCUGAGCCUGGCCCUGGGCCUCGCCUACUCUGCCCUCUUCGAGACCCUGGACUACUACUGCUUCCGUGACCCGCGCUGCUGGGGGGCCGCCCCCACCCUGGACCUCCUGCACUGGGAGCUUCUGGGCAAAGCCCUGCUCCACCUCUGCAUCCACGCCACGGGCGUCCACCUGUUCAUCAUGUCGGAGGUGCGCUCCAGGAGCACCUUCCUGAAGGUGGGGCAGUCCAUCAUGCACGGCAAGGACCUGGAAGUGGAGAAGGCCCUCAAGGAGCGCAUGAUCCACUCCGUGAUGCCCAGGAUCAUCGCGGAUGACCUCAUGAAGCAGGGCGACGAUGAGAGCGAGAACUCCUCGGGGAAACGCCACUCCGCCUCCAGCCCCAAAAGCCGCAAGAAGAAGCCCUCCCUGCAGAAGAACCCCCUCGUCUUCCGCCCUUUCAAAAUGCAGCAGAUAGAACAGGUCAGCAUCUUGUUCGCAGACAUCGUGGGCUUCACCAAAAUGAGCGCCAACAAAUCUGCGCACGCCCUGGUGGGGCUCUUGAACGAUCUCUUCGGUCGCUUUGACCGCCUGUGCGAGGACACAAAAUGUGAGAAGAUCAGCACUUUGGGUGACUGUUACUACUGCGUGGCUGGGUGCCCUGAGCCACGAGAGGACCACGCCUACUGCUGCAUCGAGAUGGGCCUGGGCAUGAUCAAAGCCAUCGAGCAGUUCUGCCAGGAGAAGAAGGAGAUGGUGAACAUGCGGGUGGGCGUUCACACCGGGACCGUCCUGUGUGGCAUUUUGGGAAUGCGGCGGUUUAAAUUUGAUGUGUGGUCCAAUGAUGUCAAUUUGGCCAACCUGAUGGAGCAGCUGGGUGUUGCUGGGAAGGUCCACAUUUCGGAAGCGACUGCAAAAUAUCUGGAUGACCGCUACGAAACGGAGGACGGCAGGGUGAUUGAGCGGGUCGGCCAGAGUGUGGUGUCAGACCAAUUGAAAGGUUUGAAAACAUAUUUGAUAUCUGGUUUGAAAGUUAAGGAUCCCAUUUGCAGCUGCUCACAGACUCUGCUUCCGGGCCUCGAAGCAGGAGACAGAAGCAAGUUACAGGGAGCCUCAUCAGUGGAGAAUGCUGGUGACCUAGCAAAGGUUUUCAGACAACCAGAGAAAAACAAGACAUGUCUUUCCUGCAGUGUGACGUUGGCGCCUAGCUGUACAGCCAGUGUAGAGGAAGCAGCUAUCCAAAAUGGAUGUCAGGAUGAACUUAAAAACCUCACAAAGGGUCCUGCGGGAUGCGGUCAGAAGGCCCAGAACGGGCUUCUGAGUCCUCCCCCAGAAGAGAAGCUGAGCAACAGCCAGACGUCGCUGUGUGAGAUGUUACAGGAGAAAGGGAGGUGGGCUGGGGUGAGCAUGGACCAAUCGGCCCUUCUGCCAUUACGGUUCAAGAACAUCCGGGAGAAGACGGACGCUCACUUUGUGGAUGUGAUUAAGGAAGACAGCUUGAUGAAAGAUUAUUUUUUUAAACCGCCCAUUAACAAACUGAGCCUGAACUUCCUGGAUCAGGAUUUGGAGAUGGCAUAUAGGAGCAGCUAUCAAGAAGAGGUGGUAAGAAACGCGCCAGUGAAGACGUUUGCCAGCGCUACCUUCAGCUCCCUUCUGGACGUGUUCCUGUCUACACUUGUCUUCCUCAUCCUGUCUGUCACCUGCUUCCUGAAACACAGGAUGACCGCAUCCCCUCCCCCUCCGGCAGCAGUGGCCGUCGUCGUUGCUGCCGUCCUGUUGGAGAUGCUGUCCCUCUUCGUCUCUAUUAGAAUGGUGUUCUUCUUGGAGGACGUGAUGGCUUGCACCAAGCGGCUGCUGGAGGUGAUUGCUGGCUGGCUGCCGCGACACUUCAUUGGGGCCAUCUUAAUCUCCCUCCCUGCUAUUGCGGUCUUCUCACACUUCACUUCUGAGUUUAGAAACAACAUCUAUUGCACCAUGUUCAUGUGUUCUGCCAUCCUCAUCACUAUUGUCCAGUACUGUAACUUCUGCCAGCUCAGCUCUUGGAUGAGAUCAUCUCUGGCCACUCUUGUGGGGGGCAUCCUGCUCAUCCUGCUCUAUGUGUCUCGGUGCCCCGACAGCCCCAUGAUAUCCCACCUGGAUUUAGCACAGAACUUCAGCUUCAUGGAAGCCUCCUAUUUUGAUUCAGCACAGAACUUCAGUUCCCUAAACGAUCCAUGCAAUAGGACGGCCUCUGAGGGCUUCAGGCGGCCAGCGGACUUGAUUGGUCAGGAGGUGAUCCUGGGUUUCUUCCUUCUGCUGCUCUUGGUUUGGUUCUUAAAUCGGGAGUUUGAAGUCAGUUACCGCCUCCAUUACCAUGGCAACGUGGAAGCUGACCUCCACCGCACCAAGAUCCAGAGCAUGAGGGAUCAGGCAGACUGGCUGUUGCGGAACAUAAUUCCCUACCACGUGGCCGAGCAGCUGAAAGUCUCUCAGAGCUACUCCAAAAACCACGACAGUGGCGGAGUGAUCUUUGCCAGUAUUGUGAACUUCAGUGAGUUCUACGAGGAAAACUAUGAAGGUGGCAAGGAGUGCUAUCGGGUCCUAAACGAACUGAUUGGAGACUUCGACGAGCUCCUGAGCAAGCCGGAUUACAGCAGCAUUGAGAAGAUCAAGACCAUUGGGGCCACGUAUAUGGCCGCCUCCGGGCUGAACACUUCCCAGUCCCAGGACAGCAGCAGUCCACACGGACACUUGCAGACCCUUUUCGAAUUUGCCAAAGAAAUGAUGCAAGUGGUGGAUGACUUCAACAACAACAUGUUGUGGUUCAACUUUAAGCUGAGAAUUGGCUUUAACCACGGGCCCCUGACCGCGGGGGUCAUUGGCACCACCAAGCUUUUGUAUGACAUCUGGGGGGACACCGUGAACAUCGCCAGCAGAAUGGACACCACAGGAGUGGAGUGUCGCAUCCAGGUGAGUGAAGAAAGCUACCGCAUACUGAGCAAAAUGGGUUAUGACUUUGAUUACAGGGGGACUGUCAACGUGAAAGGUAAGGGUCAGAUGAAGACCUACCUGUACCCCAGGUGCACAGACAACGGGAUUGUCCCCCACCACCAGUUGUCUAUCUCUCCGGACAUCCGUGUCCAAGUGGACGGCAGCAUUGGGCGGUCUCCAACGGAUGAGAUCACCAACCUGGUGCCUUCUGUACAGAAUUCGGACAAGAUACCCCACGCCUACGAUCACAACUCAGAGUUUUUGCCAUAUUUCAAGAAGCUCCCGAAAGAGUCUGUCAAACCAGACGAACGGCACAGAUUUAGCAAGCUGGGUGAGAAAAAUGACUGUGCGGAAGCAGGUCCUGAGGAGGCCAAUGAACUGACCAAGCUGAACAGCUCAAGGAGUGUGUAAUAUCCUGGAGGGCUUGGGGGGUGGGGGGGUGGCUCCGUCACAAAGAACAGUGAGCUGACCUCCAAGCGGGAGGGGGCAGGAGAGAGACUUCCUUGCCGGCUGAGGGUGGGUCGCAGCCAUGUCGCCCUUCUCGUUCUUUGCCACCUUUUUUCAGCAGACAGGAGAUAACAAGUGCCUUCAGGUAGAUCCCACUGGACCUCUUCUUCAGGGUACAGAGGCACAAAGUCAACCUGUGGGUUGAGGAUAUGAGUAUGUUCAAAUGAAGAUAAACUGUGGUUAUAUCA